UCUCCCUAACUUUCAUCUCCAUCUUCUUCACUUUCAUCAACAAUUCAUUCUACUGAUCAAAAUAGUCUUCUUAGUUUCACAGAAUAUGACCAUUUUCUCAAUUCAGGCCUUCAAGUUUUUCUUUCUACUUUCCUUCUUCAUUUCACUUUCUAAUGGCUUCGGCCUUGGGAUCAUCCCUAAUCAUGCUAAGUCUAUCAAUUUGCAGCAGAAAGCAGCAGCAACUGAAGAGAAUGGAGCAAAGAAAGACAUGAGAAUGGAACUGUACCCAACAGGGUCUGCUUUGCCAGAUUGUUCUCAUGCAUGUGGUUCUUGUUUUCCUUGCAAGAGGGUGAUAGUGAGCUACAAGUGCAUGGUUGCAGAGUCUUGCCCUGUAGUUUAUAGGUGCAUGUGUAAAGGGAAAUAUUACCAUGUACCAUCCAAUGGUUGAGACCAUAUGUUUAUGUUUGAGAGUGGUUGAUCAUAGUUAAAAUUCUGAAAAAGAUCUGUGACAGAAAAUUUGACAAUUUAGUUUAGAGUAGUGUAGUGUAGGUUGGUUAGACUCUACUUUUGCCUUAUUAAAGACAUGACAACUUUGUCAGCAAAGUAAUGAAUGUUCCAAAAAUGAAACAUGAUCCAUGCUAUAAGGAAAUGUUUGUUUACUUCUGAGUACUGCAGUUUUUUCUGCU